AUGGCUGGACCUAAAAUUGCUAUCGUCUACUACUCACUUUACGGCCACAUUGCCACUGUCGCCCAUGAAGUCAAAGCCGGCAUUGAGGCUGCUGGUGGCACUGCUGACAUUUUCCAAGUCCCUGAGACCCUUUCUGACGAUGUUUUGGUCAAGAUGCAUGCUCCUCCCAAACCCAGCGACCCAGUAGCUGACCGUGAGACUCUCACUCACUACGAUGCCUUUUUGUUUGGAAUUCCCACCCGCUACGGCAACUUCCCUGCCCAGUGGAAGGCCUACUGGGAUGCCACGGGCGGACUUUGGGCUAAAGGUGCUCUCCACGGUAAAUACGCUGGCGUGUUUGUGUCCUCAGGAACCCCCGGUGGUGGUCAGGAAGUCACUGUUCUUAAUUCCUUGUCUACAUUGGCUCACCAUGGCAUCAUUUUUGUGCCCUUGGGCUACAAAAACACUUUCCCUGAAGUGACGAGUCUUGACGAAGUCCAUGGUGGCUCUCCUUGGGGUGCCGGUACUUUUGCAGGAGCCGAUGGUUCACGCCAGCCCACUAAAUUGGAGCUCAAAAUUGCUUUUAUUCAGGGCAAGUCUUUUUACGAAACUGUCUCACUCGUCAAGUUCCCAGAUACUGUGUAA